GACCAGCGCCGGUAUCAGAGAGGUAUAUAAGAGCCAACAGGAGCUACGUUCGAAAGUGCAGCAGCUGCAGUCGUGAACUAAAGCAAGAUGAAGAACCUGGUUGUGUUGGCUCUGGUCGCAGUGGUCGCAGUGGAGGCCAUGCCGCAGGUGGUCGAAGGGAACGCCCUCACGCCCUCCGCCGCAGUGCCGCAGACUCCGGGCAUGAUCCUGACCGCCGCGCAGGGCACCAUCCCGACGCAGCUGGUGCAGAUCGCCUCGCCGCUCUUCCAGGGCGCCCCAGCGACUGCCGGACCAGGCCAAGCCGCACCGCAGCUCUUCUCCCUCACGCCCGUUAUGAUCCACCAACUGUCCGAGGCGGAGCAGAACGCCCUCGCUCACCGGGAGUUCCUGAAGAUUUGGGAAGCCCAGGCGAUCCGCAACCAGGCCAUUCCCAUUG